GUGGAGGUGAAGGUUGUGUUUAUCCGUAUAAUGGACAUAGACACUAUCAAUCAGUUGUUUGAGGCAGAGGUCUACAUACAAGCCAGGUGGUCGGAGAGUCAGUUUGCUGGGAUGUCCGAAAAGGUGAGAAUAGGAGAAUUGUGAUUCACUUUGCUGCGAUGUCCGAAAAGGUGAAAAUAAGACAAUUGUGAUUCAGUUUGCUGCGAUGUCCGAAAAGGUGAAAAUAAGAGAAUUUGGAGUCAGUCCUUUAAUAACUUGAAGGCUGAUUAAGCCCUUAAAUUACUUACAGCCUGGACAUGCAGCCUAGACUUACAACCUAAUGAAUGGGAGUCAAAUGUAAGUUACAAUUUGUCAAGAUGAGUAUUCGAAACUGAUCAACCAACAUGCCCUCGUUGGGAGCAGGACCCAGGCAGCAAACUCCGGAGCAAUUGGUCCAUAAUGUAGAUAAAAUCAUUUUGUUUCUCUCUGAAACAACUGAGAACGAACAAGGUGUAGAAAGGGAGAAUAAAGAUGCCUCGAAAGCUGACCAUCUGGAUUUAUUUGAUUUUUUUACGAAAUACAUUUUAUUUUUAUUUUUAAAAAACCAGCAAUUGGAGGAAAUUGAAUUCUAUCAAUGCUGGGAUCCCCAUCUUAAGAUCCUCAAUGUCAAUGGAUCUCUGGACUCGGAGACCACAUCCAUGCUGUUGCAGUAUGAACAGGACCGAAUCUACCCAGUGAUGACCUACAUGUGGCACGUUACCGGUCAGUUUCGUGAGCACCUUGAGUUGCAGCAUUUUCCUUUGGAUGUCCAGGUGAUCGAUCAAAAUAUGGGUUAUGCAUAUCUCUCUCUCUCUCUCUCUCUCUCUCUCCCUCCCUCUCUCUCUCUCUCUCUCUCUCUCUCUCUCUCUCUCUAUAUAUAUAUAUAUAUAUAUAUAUAUAUAUAUAUAUAUAUAUAUAUAUAUAAUAUACAUUAACAUUAUAUUCAGGUAUUGUUUUUUUUUAAAUUUCAAAAUUUUAAGGAAUAGCUAGUAAUUUUCCAAAUAUGGAGCAAGGAAGUGAUGGUGUGGUGAAUAUGUAAAUGAAUGAGUCACACGAGAUUUGUUGUUUGUUGUCUUGUUAGAAAAUAUGGAUGUAACUACAUAGGCAAAUCGAAAUAGCCAUUUUUAAUGAAAAUUACUAAAGCUUUUUAAAACCGAGUUCAAAUUUUUUCCGCUUUCUCGUCUCGUCAAAAUUUCGCCAUGUAGGAGUUGAGUAUCAUUCUGUCAAGUGAUCUACCCAUGACUGAAAUUGAUUUGGUCUCAGACUUCUUCCACCCCAGUCAUGUCAGCGAACGUGCAAUGCAGGUAAUUUAAUUUCAAAAUGUUUUCAAUAAAACAAAGCAAUCUUUGUUAGAUCCCUCGUUCCGUUUACCUCUAUAACAACAACAAAAACAAACAAAAAAACACUCCCCCCCCCCCCCCCCCUGAAAGACCCGCUAAUCGUAUUGACUGCGUCCCUUCUCAGGAAAGCCAGGAGUGGAGGGCCUUCCAUCAUGUCGAGUUCAAGCGCGACUACACGGUCAUGGAAUUCAUGGGCAAAUCAAAGCACGGGGUUUUGGUGGCGUCUGCGCAUGUCAAGAGAAAGCUGGGCUUCUAUUUCUGGAAUAUCAUCAUCAUCGUGGUGAGCUGGCUUAAUCCUUUUAUUCAUUUUAAACUUUUUUUUUCUCAGGAGCAUGUAGAAUAUAGAAACCAUAGCUCCUGGGUACUCCACGUGUAAAUUAUAAAGUCAUGUCUUCAACAACAACAAUAAAGUGAGGCUGAUGAAAUCUUCACCACUUUAAAGUUUUUAAUGAGAACAAUCAGACUUAUGAGAUGCGGUUUGAUUACACUUACCUGUAUGCAUUCAAAGCACUAGCCAAUAUAUUAUGGUUCAAACUGUUGUGUUUUUUUAAAUAAACUAUGUUGAAUGUGGAAUAUGUCAUUUAGGUCAGCUUGGAAAAACAUUUUAGCAUUGGAGUUUGGUCGAAAAAAAAAAAAGGAGAGACAACCUCGGCAAGAGUUGGAUUAUUUUGCAAAGAUUAAUAUUUGAUGUCCCAGGUCAGACGAUUAAUGUUAUGAAUCGAUUUUCGUCUGUUUAUCACGUCUCAUCACAAAAUUAUAUUCAGCCAUAGCUUUCAAAGCGUUUUCCCUAAUUUUGGCCUUUGUUCCAGCUUUUGAUUCUUGGUCUCAGCUUAACGGUUCUGGCCAUUGAUGCGACCAGCACGGAUCGAUUAAGUGUAAUCUUCACCUUGUUCCUGACAGCUGUCGCCUUCAAGCUUGUAGUUAAAACUACCCUACCCAACAUUUCCUACCUUACCUACUUGGUAAGUCAC